AUGUCCGCAACGACGACUAUUUCAGCCAUCGAGCUGGAACAAAUGCCGAUGCCCAUUGAGCCGGCUCCCGCAAAACAAGACAUAAAGCAGCCCAAUGUCCGCCCCGACGCAGCCUCCGGCUCGUCAUGUCUCGUAGGUGACAACGGGGGCAGCGAGCCGUGUCCGCACCCGGCUGUCCCUGCGACGGAGCGCUGGAACGAGUCGCGGACGCAUGUAUACCGCAUGGCGGCGUGUUUCUUUUCCUUUCUGGUCAUGGGGGCCAACGACUCGGCCUACGGCCCUCUUCUUCCCUAUCUCGAGAAAUACUACAACCUCACGUAUAUUGUGGUGUCGCUCGUCUUCCUGUCCCCCUUUGUGGGCUACGUCUGCUCGGCCAUCCUCAACAACUACCUCCACCACAGGGUCGGGCAGCGCGGUAUCGCCGUCAUCUGCGGCGCCUGCCACGCGGCCGCGUACACCAUCAUCGCGCUGCACCCGCCGUACAUUGUGCUCGUGUUCGCCUUCAUCCUCGCCGGGUUCGGCAACGGCGUGGCGGACGCUGCGUGGAACGCGUGGGUUGGCAAUCUCGCCAACUCGAGCGAGGUGCUGGGCCUGCUGCACGCCUGCUACGGCGUCGGCGGCGCCGUGAGCCCGACAAUCGCCACGACGCUCAUUACCAAGGCGAAUCUGGGGUGGUACUCAUUCUACUACAUCAUGAUUGGCAUGGCUGGCGUGGAGAUGGUUGUUCUAGCCUCUGCUUUUUGGUCAUCCUCGGGAGCAGAGUACCGCCGCAUUCAUAGCAGUGAGUCGAACAGGAUGGGCCUCAGUGAGGCGCUUUUUUGCACGCCAUCUGCGCGUGUGACGUGGGUGACUGCGGCUUUCCUAUUGUGCUAUGUGGGUGUUGAAGUCGCUCUUGGUGGAUGGAUCGUCAUCUUUAUGAUCCGCGUUCGCCACGGCGAGGCUUUUGCCAGCGGCAUGUCUGCUGUUGGUUUCUGGCUGGGAAUCACUGCUGGCCGCGCCGUUCUUGGCUUCGUCACGCCCCGGGUUGGCGUCAAGCUAUCUACUGCUCUCUACAUUGUUGCCGCGGGCGCUCUCGAACUCAUCUUUUGGCUCGUACCGCAAUUCUACGUAUCUGUAGUGGCAGUCGCUUUCCAAGGCUUCUUCCUGGGCCCAAUGUUCCCCAACGCAGUUCUCGUGGCUCAAAAGCUGCUACCACGCCAGCAUCAUGUCGUGGUCAUCGGGUUUGCCGCCGCUUUUGGAGGCUGCGGUGCGGCCGUGUUGCCGUUUCUGACGGGUAUUCUUGCGCAGGCAAAGGGUCCCAUGGUUCUGCAGCCGAUUGUGCUGGCAUUGCUGGCCGUCAUGCUGGGGAUCUGGCUCUUCUUUCCGCGUGUCGAGACGAAAAGGGAAUGA